UAUAGGUCAAAAGGUCAGCCGUCAGCUGAGGCGCGACACGAGACGACACACACUUCCACGCGACAUUUGCUCUCCCAAUUUUCGCCUUUCUAAGCCCAAAAAUGGCGCAAGGAGACCCUAGAAAGUGGAACAUGCCCGGAUGGAGGAUAGAGCAACGUUAUGCCAACAGAGUUCUCAUCGGAAACUGGUCAGAAGAGAGAUAUCAGUUUGAGAAGGGCCGUUACCGACACACCAGCACACACAGACUGGACUUCAGGGACUGGAAGGGACACAAACCUGACAUCACCAUCCGGAGGGCAGCACUACAGAGGAACGAGGGCCUCCCCAAGUCACUAGUGUUUGACCACCACGGCAAGCACUACUCCAACAACAUGAUCUCCUGGUAUGACCAGCAGUUCAACAAGCGAGAGCUGGACGAGGGAACACUCCCUAAGCUCCGGACCUGGGACGGACACAGACUCGCCUGGGCACCCGAGAAGUCUGACUACCCGCUACAAGGCAGCUCCACAAACUGGGGCCUGUACCCGAAGCUUCAGGAGAAGUGGCGGAAACAGAACGAGACGCUGUCGGGCGAGUACAACACCAUCUACAGCUCCUCCUGGGUGCAGCAUCCCAAGGAGGCCAUGACCUUCCGCAAAUACGCCACGCCCAAACCCAUCUCCAGCCACCUGCACCAGCCAAAUAAGGUGAACAAGGACCUGACUCUACGCAGUGUAUCGUUGUUACGGAACGGCGCCGCGCCGCCAGAGUCUGCCGCCAUGACGGGCUACAUCAAACCGAUGCCACAGAGCGCGGGGUCACAGUUCGCGGUCGGAUCAGCGAUGGGGGACGCGAAAAUGGAGCGGAUUGCGACAGUAGCAUAAACAACUGUAUUUAAUAAACCACAGACUGUAAAAGUGUAUAAUCUUUUUAUACAUUAGAAAACCACAGAAACCUCAGGCAGGUUUUAGCUUCCUCAACUUGAAUGAUAUUUACUGAUUAAAAACUGUUCAGUGUGAGGUAUUAUCAAUGUAAACAGGAAAUCUUAAAUGCAUAUUGCUCACUUUUGUUGCACUUUAUGUGUAUUAGAUUUACAACACAGCACGUUUUGUUUCCAAUGUGAAUCAACCUCUAAGUUUACAGCCCCAUUAUAGAAAUGGCAUCACCCUGAUGUUGAUAGAGUUAAUUUUGUUAUACAGUGUAGUUCUACAAAAAGUGUGUAUGUAUAUAUAAUGUCACACUGUCAGUGUGGGUGGGGUGGGGGUGUUCUAUGCCAAAAGAGAUUAAGCAAAAGCUGCUAUUUGACCAAGAACUUAUCUUUUAUUACUACAGUAUUCAAAGUUUUCUGAAAAACCUUAAAGUUUAUGGGCCCAGAAAGUAAUGGGCAAAGUUAUAUAUAUAGCCAGAAAGAUAAAGUGUAGCCGAGAUAAGGUAAAUGUAGACCUUUUAUAACAGAGUUACUUACCACUACAUUGUAGGUAUCAUCUACAACUUUCUUCUAACUUUCAUGCAACCUGGUGGCACCAAAUUGUACUGGCAGCCAUGACGGGAAAAAAUUCCAGCUUAUUUUAAUUGAAUUUGCAUCUCUCUUGUUUUACACGUCCAGAUGAUAAAUAAAAGGUUUAACCAUUUGGUCGAACCUUGAAAGUUUUGAUUGAUGCUUUUGCUGCUAAUGUUUGUACUACUGUAAGUGUUGUUUGUGCUUUACUUUGGAAGGUUAAACUUUGUGUAAAAAAAGUUAGGUCAAUGAACAUGUACUUUAUUAUUUGUAUUCAAGAAACACAACACAAUAAAAGAAUUCAAUGCCUAA